AUGAGCAACGACACAGCUUACCCAUACAGCAAUACCCGCCCGCGUGCGACUGCAGGCCAGCGUGCGCGGGCAGGUUCGCCAAUGCAGAAGGAGGGGAAGCACAGCCUAGAGUCGCUGAUCGAUGAUAUCGACGACUUUAUCGCGGAGCAGGAAGCCUACAACCGUCCCGCACGUGCGCGUAGUGACUCACGUGGCACUAUGUUCGUAGACAUCAAUGAGGAGGGCGAGAUUGUUGUGAGCUAUCGCCAUCCGCCGCCCACACUUUCCAAGUCCACGCAUGGUCGUGGAAACGAUCUUCCGGAGGGCGACCUUUACAUCGUUGGUGGCGGACAGGAUGGUGGGUAUGCGCCGAGGUAUCUUACCGCGGGGGAUGGAGGUGAGUUCGUCCGCGUAGCGAUUAAUGCUGCUGGGCGCGGGAUCUAUGUUCAGAAAAUGGAUGGGCAUCGGUAUGAUUUUGAGGGGGAGGAGCAGCGUAUGCUUCAGUCACAAUCACACUCGAACCGCCGUGCUCCCGGCAGGCCCAAAAAGCAGGCACGGACGAACCGUCGUCCGCCCAUCUCAAGCCUGCCGUCAGACUGUUAUGCUGGGGGAAAGAAGGGUGAGUACCCCCGCCCGAUGCGUCGUGUCGAGAACAAGACGCUACCACGUCUCCCACGCACACGUCGCCGUCGUAGCUUUUUUGAGGCAGUGAAGGAGAUGGUACAAAAGUUCAGUAGGGAUCAGAAGAAGGGGCGCAUGCCGCGUCGUGCGCACCAGGCUUCCUGGGUACGGGAGGGAUAUGUUGUCUAG